UCCCAGCAAUUGAAAUAAUCUGCUUCUAAAAAUCUUAAAAUGGAGCCAGAUGGUUCUCUUCCCUAUUUCACCAGAGGGACAGUAGUAAGAGGCUUUGGAAGAGGAAGCAAAGACCUGGGAAUACCAACAGCAAAUUAUCCAGAAGAAGUGGUUGAGAGACUACCCCUUGAUAUUAAAUGUGGUGUGUACUACGGAUGGGCUAAAGUAGACAAUGGCCCAGUCCAUAAGAUGGUAAUGAGUAUCGGCUGGAAUCCACAAUACCAGAACACUAAGAAGAGCAUGGAGACUCAUAUAUUGCAUGAUUUUCCUGAGGAUUUCUAUGGAGCCGAUCUACAGGUUUGCAUAACUGGUUUCAUCAGAGACGAAAUGAAAUUCAAAUCAUUAGAUGAAUUAAUUUCAGCCAUUAAAAGUGACAUUAACAUUGCACAAGAGAAGCUAUCACUGGAUAAUAAAGAAAAGGAAGAAUUAUCGAAUCAUUUCAAUUAAUUUUUUUUAUCAAUUAUUAUUAUUUUAUUUAUUUAUUUCUAGUAUGUAUAACUUCAUGACAAUACAACAGAUUAAUAAUUAUAUUUAA